CCCCAAGUGAGGAAUAUUGGAGACGUUAUGUCCUCAACAUUACCGAUGGUAUAGAAGACAUGGGUUUUGUUCAGUGGAAGCUGUUGCUUUGCCUCGUUGCAGCAUGGGUGAUUGUGUUUCUGUGUCUCAUCAAGGGGCACAAGACAUCUGGCAAAGUUGCUUACUUUACGGCCACCUUUCCUUACCUUAUACUCACAAUCCUGUUGAUACGUGGUGUGACCCUCCCUGGAGCAGCAGAUGGUUUAAAGUACUACCUCAUUCCUAAGUGGAAGAAACUUCUAAGCUUUAAGGUAUGGGGCGAAGCAGCAAUGCAAAUUUUCUUUUCGUCCGGUGUUGGCGGGGGCAGUGUAGUCACAAUGGCCAGUUAUAACAAAUUCAACAGCAACUGCCAAAG